AUGCCAAGGCUGAGUACUUCAACUCCAAGCGCAGCCCAGCCAUCCCCGGCGCAUAAUCCUUUUGCUGAUCCUCCACCUGCUUCGGUACCCAUCCCAGCUCCACCCCAACAUUCUGCCCCUGCACCAAGCACCCAGGGUGCCCAACACCCCAAGAGGAAGGAUAGCUACCAGCAUACCUUCAACAAUAACAAGCGGGGCAGACAUGGGAACCACCACCAGUCUAGUGGAAGCAACCCCCCCAGGACAAAUGACCGGGCCCCACUCCCAUUCUCACCCAAACCCAGGUUCGAGGUCUUCACCACCCUCAACACUACCUAUGAGAAUGUCCUAGUGCACGAGGCACCUAUCAUACCUCAGCCUCCACCCCGGAAACCAGGCAGCAAGCCUAUGCCUAACACAGGAGUCUUCUGUCGCUUUCAUCAGUUCGGUGGCCAUGAUACCGAAUCUUGUGUUGCCUUGCGCAACAUCAUUGAGGGACUUAUUCGCGAGGGGAAGCUGGAUAAAUACGUGCACAACCUCCCACCUAACCCUCACCAACGGCAGAUCAACAUGAUCUCAACCAUCAGCGGUGGCCCAACCAUGGCUGGCACCUCCAACAACUCCAUCAAACAUUAUGUCCGCUCUACUUAUGCGCACCAGGUCUUCAGUACUGAGCAGGGACGCUUGCCGAAGACACAAAAAACAGGCUGGGCCCCCAUUACCUUCUGCGAGGAGGAGGAGCGCGGCGUUAUCCUCCCUCAUGAUGACCCAAUCAUUAUCCGCGCCGACAUAUCUAACUUUGACGUUGGGCGCAUAUUGGUAGACACUGGCAGCUCAGUCAGUGUGAUGUUUGCUGAUGCCUUCAAUGAGCUCCAGGUCCCAUCUCAUUUGCUCGACCGAAGCGUCACACCCCUGGUGAGCUUUUCGGGUGAUGUGGUCCAGCCUAUUGGGAGCAUUCAUCUCCCUAUCUCUAUUGGAGCAGCUCCCCAGCGAACGACGGUCACCACUCCCUUCCUCAUCAUUGACUGCCCCACAGCCUACAACGUUAUCCUGGGACGCCCUGCCAUGGCCCAGAUGAAGGUUUUCAUUUCCACACAUAUGUUACUGUUGAAAUUUCCUACCCCCUAUGGCACGGGCACUGCGCGCGGUGAUCAACUGGGCGCCCGAAGCUGCUAUGCUUCAGCAGUAAAGUCUACUAAUCGCCAACAUAGGGGUGAGGCCCUAGCAGUAACCCAGGCCCUAGCCCCACCUCGAGCUGGCACUGAGCGCCCAGAGGACCCCAGGGAGGAAUCUGCCACCCAACAGGCCGAACCUGUGGAGGACCUUGAACUGGUCACUCUCCAUGAGGAUAUCCCGGAUCGACAGGUCAGGAUCGGCACCUCCCUCUCCCAAGAGCUUCGCUCUGAUCUUAUUGCCUUCCUCCGCCUCAACUCUGAAGUCUUUGCUUGGUCUUACAACGACAUGCCGGGCAUAUCACCUGACGUCAUCUCCCAUAGGCUAAGCAUUAAUCCUGUCGUCCGACCCGUUCGGCAGAAGCGUCGUGCUUAUGACCCAGAGCGGUAUGAGGCCAUGAAGGCGGAGGUGGAUAAGCUGAGCACCAUUGGUUUCAUCAAGGAGGUGGAUUAUCCCACCUGGCUAGCCAAUGUGGUAAUGGUACGUAAACUAAAGAAGGGUUGGCGCAUGUGCGUAGACUACACAAAUCUCAACCGGGCCUGCCCAAAGGAUAGUUUCCCCCUACCCCGCAUUGACCAGCUAGUUGACGCCACAGCUGGCCAAGCCCUCCUCAGCUUCAUGGAUGCUUACUCAGGGUACAACCAGAUCUUCAUGCAUCCUGAGGACCAAGCUCAUACAUCCUUCAUCACCGACCGUGGCCUUUACUGCUACAAAGUCAUGCCCAUUCGGCCUCAAGAACGCCGGGGCUACAUAUCAGCGUCUGGUGAACAGCAUCUUCGCUCCACUCAUUGGCAACACCAUGGAGGUUUAUGUUGA